AUGGCGAAUAAAUCAAUCUAUGAUUUCUCUGCUGAGACCCUGGAUGGACAGCAGGUUCCACUCAGUAACUACAGGGGUAAGGUGCUCCUUAUCAUCAACGUUGCCACCUUCUGAGGGUCAACAAUAGAGGAGUACCACCGACUGAAUGCACUGAUGGAAAUGUUUGGUGACCUCAACUUCACUGUCCUUGGAUUCCCCUGCAACCAGUUCGGUCUUCAGUCACCUGAGGUGAAUCAUGAAACCCUCAAUAUUCUUAAGUAUGUGAGACCUGGCGGGGAGUUUGUGCCAAAGUUUCCUGUCUUUGGCAAGGUUGAGGUGAAUGGAUUAAAUGAAGAGCCUCUUUUUGCCUAUCUGAAGGAAUCUUUGCCAUUUGUGAACCCUGUUAUUGGCGAUAUAAAGAAAUUCUACUGGUCUCCAAUCAAAGUUAAUGACAUUCGCUGGAAUUUUGAGAAGUUCUUAAUCACUGCAGAUGGAAUUCCCUUCAAAAGAUAUGAACUUCAUUGCCCCAUUGAGAAAGUGGAGAAGGACAUAGCAGAACUUGUCUGAUGUUUUUUCUUCAAUUUGCCACCAGUGGCAGAGUGACGAUC